GGCUGCAGCUGCAGCACAGGUGCUAACAGAGUGACCCUGGUCGGAGGGAGCGCGUCCGUGGCGGCCCCCGGAGCGGCUGGACGCUUUGGGAUCGACGGAGGCAGCGGCUGGAGGGCAGCGGCGGCCAGCCCGGCCUUGGUCCCGGGUCUGGCUGAGCUUGGGGUCCCCGGACUCCGGGGCCUUAGGACGGAGCGUCUGGCAGCCCCGCGAACCCCCAGAGAUGCUGGAGGCCACACAGCUAGUCAGCUUCCAAGGCCAGAUUCGGACUCAGGAAGACGAGUCUUCCCGACCCCAGGCCCAGCGCUCUGUGCACUACCAAACUGCUCAUCUUGAAGGCAAUAGGGAAGCGGCUGAAGAGGAGACAGUGUGCAGAAGGAAGCGAGGUGUGUUUCCCUUCCUGGUGACUGUCAGAUAAAGAGCCAUGGCCUGCAUGGUUUGGGAUGCAAGGCUUCUCACCAAGCAGGAGACAAGUUGGAUUUUAAGCCAUUUAAGGCGCUGACUUUUUUUCACCCUCCCCCAGGAGGGUUUUGUGUUGAACCAGCUGAAAAGGUCGAUCCAGAAUGAACAGUCAGAGCUCGGAAGAGAAAGCGCAUGAAGCCCCCCAGCUGGCCUUAUUUCGAGGGGAGAAAUGUGGGAAGGUGUUGACACCUGAAGGAACAUCCACCUUCCUUCCCACACUCUGGGACUCGGCCCCCCACCUCGGCCCACAGGAUGCUCAGGAAGCCUGUUUGCACACUCCGGGGGCGGAUGAGGAAAGGAUUUCCUUAUCCAAUUCUUGUACCAAAGCGUUUGCAGGGGACGAGGACUUUUCUCAGGAGGCAUGGCCUUUGUCCGAAAGGUCAGGGAUGCGUGGUGAGGCCCCAGAGGGGUCCUGGGUGAGUGACAAGAUGGGUCUGCCAGAGCCAGAAUACCGGUAUAACAGUGCCCGGGCUCAGAGGGUCCAGCUCUCAGGGCCCAGAGAGUGGAGAUAUGACUGCGGAGAUGCUAACAGGACCCCGAGCCAUGCUGUGCUCGGCCUGGAAGAAGGGUGGGAAAUGAAGGGCACAGGCCGGGGCACUGUGGCAACGCCUGACGCCCUGGACGCAGCAGCUCCGCAGGGAAGCCUGCCCCACCCGGAGCUCCCGCACGGCCAAGCUAUGGCAGCCCCCGCCUGUUCUUCUGACAUGUGUGCAAGAGACAACUCGGCUGGCGAGGACUCUGGGAUCCCACUGGGGGCCGCUUCCCAGGAGCCUUGUGAGGGCUCCAACACCACGUAUCUGGUUAUAUCAGAGACGGCCAUGCAGAUAGAUGUCCCGGAAGAUGCCGAGAGCCAGCGCUCUGCAGAGAAGAUGCUCGGUGCUCUCGCCAAUGGCUUUCAGCAGGAAAUGACCGAAGUCCCCGGGCCACAUUUGGAAGGGGUUAACGGUUCAUGGACGUCUCUAACAGAAAAGGCUUUUGGCUCACGUGAAGACCAACCCAAUGGGGAGCCCCCUUUGCAGACUUUGUGUGCCCCAGCUGUGCCUCUGUCAGGGCACUGUCCAGAGGUUGACCGCCCUGUGGACAGGCCAUCUUUCAAUGACCCCGCAGAACAGCCGUGCCAGCCAGGAGACCGACUGAAUGAGACAGCCUCUCCUGAGGGCAGCCUGGGUGGCGGAAGCCAUCCUGGGGGAACCCCGCCGUCGGGAAGUCAUCCACAGAGCUGGGAAGUGGCCCCAUCUCCUGGGUCUCGGGGGCAGGGAGCAGAUGGUGUUUCCAGUCCCACUGAUGUUGAUUAUCGGCCACCAGCUAUCCCAGGGUGCUCCAAUGAGACUUUUUCUGUCUCGCUUCCCGAGAAAGCAAAGGAGAAACCUUCUGAAAAAGGAAAAAUCCCUCGAGAGCUGGCCAAGCACCCCAGCAGGAAAAUGCCCCCUAUCAAGGGGCUAAAGCCUGCCCUCGGCAAAGUCCUGGGAAAACCUGCACCCAAGCCAGGGAGCCCAGCAGGCAACAGCCUCCACAAGAUGGAGAAGAUCAGCUUUCCCAGGCCCAACUUCAAGAACGUGAAAGCCAAGGUAAUCUCUCGCGGGGCGCUGCGGCCCCGAGAGCCGGUGACUGCUGCUGCGGCCAGGCCCCUGCCGCCUCCAGGGCCCCUGCCGGGGGAGCCUUCCUUGAGCAGCGGGCCUGGCAGAGCCGAGUGCAAGGCCGGUGCCAAGGCAGAGGUCCUCCCAAGUAAGAGCCACAGGCCGCACCUCCUUAAGCUCAUUAGCAGCCAGGUCGUGCAUGUCACAACGCAUUCCAGAAACGCUUGCCGGGAGGCUCCCCGAGCAGCCCGGGAGCCGAGAGCAAACCAUGGAGGCGGCCCCCAAGCCAGUCUGUCCACGGCCGGGCACCUGCCAGGGUCUGCGGCUGGAGCCAUGGGGCCCCGCCGGGGCGCGGAUGCCCCAGGUGCACCCAUGAGAACAGCGGAAUCAGCUCUGCGAGAGCCUCGAGCUCCCGCCUCCGAUGGAGCUAGCACUGAGAGGCAGAAGAGCGCUGACGGAGGCACGCCCGUGCCCCUGGGCACCCAGGAAGCGCAGAGGGAGGUGGUGACUGCUCCGUCUGCCUGCGGUCCCACCCUGGCUUCCACACCGAAAUCGCCACCCGUGGCUGGCAGAAAUGGGUCUAAGCAUGACCCCUUGGGACUCAGUAAAAUCCCUGUUCCCAAGAUGAAAGUCUGGCCGUCAGUUUCCUGUCGGAGGCGAAGCACCGCCGAGUCCAGGACUUUCCACGCCGAGCGCGCUUUGUCCCCCCCGAGAGCCAGGCGCGUGUCCAGUUCUGGUGCGUCAAGGAAAAGCGUGUCCCCCAGCCUGGUUGCGGUGCUUAGCACAGUUGAAAAAGGUAAACAGAGGCACCCUCAGACACCGUGCAGCCAUCCCCAGUCUUCUCCAGAUGCUCUCUCUACUGAAAAAGCCCUGGGCUUGGCCUCCUAUAGAGCAAAAUGUGACCAGCAAGGCAAGGUCAUCCUGCACCUGGAGCAGCUCCUUGCGGGAGGGAACCGCAAGUUGGAGGCGCUAGCUGUGGUGGUCCAGCACCUGCUGUCCGAGAGGGAGGAGACUCUGAAACAGCACCAGGCCCUAUCUCAAGAGCUGGUCAGCCUUCGGGGAGAGCUGGUCACUGCUUCUGCUGCCUGCGAGAAGCUAGAGAAGGCCCGGAAUGAGCUGCAGGCCGCGUGCCAGGCCUUUGUGGACAAGCUGAACCAGCAGCACCAGGCAGAUCUGGCGGAGCUCGAGAGCCAGCUGAAGGCACACUACACGGGCGAGUGUGAGAAGCUGCAGAGCGCGUGUGUGCGGGAGGUCCAGAAGUACCAGGCCCAGCUGCAGAGUCAGGUUGAUGACUUAAAUGCUGCCCACGAAGCCUUCAAGUUAGAAGUCGAGUCCAGCCAUUCGGAGCAAGUCGAUUUGCUGAAGAAGGCUUACGAAGCCUCCCUCACAGAAAUCAAGGAGUGCCAUGACCUGGAGAAGACGUCCCUGGAGGAGCUGUUCUCUGAAAAGCGCGAGUCGCUGGAGAAAGAGAUCCACGAUCUGAAGGGUAAGAACGAUGCUCUGAAUGAAAGGCUCCAAUUGGAGGAGCAGAAAGCGGUUUCCAGAGAGAAGGCCAGCCAGAAGAACCCCCAGAUCAUGUAUCUGGAGCGAGAGCUGGAGAGCCUCAAGGCCGUGCUGGAGAUCAAGAAUGAGAAGCUCCACCAGCAGGACAUCAAGCUGCUCAAGAUGGAGAAGCUGGUGGACAACAACACAGCACUGGUGGACAAGCUGAAGAGGGUGCAGCAGGAGAAUGAGGAGCUGAAAGCACGAAUGGACAAGCACAUGGCCAUCUCCAGGCAACUCUCUUCGGAGCAAGCUGUCCUGCAAGAGUCCCUGGAGAAGGAGUCCAAGGUCAACAAGAGGCUGUCGAUGGAGAAUGAGGAGCUGCUGUGGAAGCUUCACAACGGGGACCUGUGCAGUCCCAAGAAGUCCCCCUCCUCCGCGGUGCUGCCUUUCUCCUCCCCGAGGAAUUCUGCCUCCUUCCCCAGCCCCACGGGCUCACCCAGAUGACCCUUCUGGAGCACGGGCUGACAGCUGCCUGAGAGCGCUUUCCAGUGGCCGGCCGGGGGACUGACCCUUCUAUCAAUCAUGGCCAGUGCAGGCCUGUGAGGGCACUUGGGUGGCAGCUGACUCGGCCCACUGGAGCCCAUGGACAGACAGGCAUGGUUCCUCGGGCAGCCUUGACUCCUGCCAGUCCUGCGAGGUUUCAGGAAUGCCACCUGCGCAGGCACGCAGGGAGAGACAUUGAUGCACAGAGCACUUGGCGAGCCAGAUGCAUCUUGCUCGCUGCCUUUCUCCCCCGCCUGGGGGGAACCAGCUCAGGGGCCUCUUCAUGUAGAGUAUAACCUUUCUCAUGUUCUUGUCACAGACACUUUUUCUGGGGCCACCUGUGGGCUUGUGGGACUGGGGUGGGCAUGGCUUGCUAGUGCCCCACCUUUGGCUCUGGAGGGGACGCAGAGAGCUGCAGGAUGAGCAGGGACACACAAGCGGCUGUGCCAGGGACAGCCUCCAGGACAUCUUGGCCAUGGACACCCUGGGGGAGGGGGGAGGAUGGGGACCCUGGCUCAACGCCUUGGGGCCUGCAUUCUGGGGAGGAUGGGCCCUUCAGAUGGAAAGACCAGCUCUGAGAACUGAAAUGAGGGCAAUGUUCUCUAGUUGUCAAUGACCUCCACCCUCCAGAUAACACAAGUCACUGGCUUCUGGUUCAUCUUUUUAGCUACGGACAGAGGUGGAACACUGUGUCUCCCUGGAUCCCCAGGAAUAAGGCCUCUUCCAAGGAAGGAAGAAGGGGCAGGGAUCCCCCUGGAGCCCCAACCUCCUCCUCAUUUUUAGCU